UAAUUACAAAAGACGCAAAGAAGUCAAACACAACAAAGCAGAAAUCGCUAAGAAAAAUGGCUUUUCUUUACAGCAAUCUAACCUUCUAAUAAUCUCUCAUACUGCUUAAAGAAUGAAAAGAAAGAGUUGAAUCUGUGAAGUCAAAGAUAUGGGGCAUUCAGCAAGCAUCGCAAAGAAGUACGCAACACCAGAAAAGGAUGACGACGAAGCCAGUGAGAUCGACUCACUCGCUACAGUUUCAAGCUUCAGACCAACCUCACCAUUAGCCCACGCAGAUGCAAGAGAGUUCACGUUGAGGCCGCCAGAUGGUGGUACUACACGGUCUAGAAAUAAAACCUCUAUGUCCAGUCAUCAGGGUUCGUAUCCUCAAAUGAAUGGAACUAUUCCUCGUAGAACACUUGCUUCACAGAGGAAUAUUACAGCAUCGUCAAGCACGUUAGGAUCCCAGCCGAGAUCCAUGCGAGAAGUCAGGCAUUUUCUGGUGAAGAAUCCUGAAUUCCUGACUGGUAAACAGGCAAAAGAUAUUCAAAGACGAACCCAUAAUAGAGAUAUUCAUCCCCAUAAGCAAAUCAAAACAAAACAGGAUUUAUAUCUUGGAUUAUUUGACCCUCCGAUAAUUUACGGCAAAGGCGCGGAACCCGAUAAACAGCUCAAGAUGAAUCAGAGGAUGUAUCUGCAGUUGAUUUAUCCUACAGUCUCUGGGAUGAAGUAUUAUUAUCCUUCUGCAAGUCCCAGCAGGCCUAUAACAAAUAAUGAGAUGGUUGUCGUUCGAAGAGAAGAUUUAUCGGGGCAAGAAGAUUACAUGAAGAAGCCAAACCGAGUAAGAACCCGGCCCCCAUUAAAACCUACCACAGAACAACCCUCUAGCGUAAGAAGUCCAUCCAAGCAGCAAAUCCUACUGGAACCUUUUCCACUUAGGUCUAUGUCUCCGAGCAAAUCUCCGAGAAUUCCAAACGGAUAUACCUUGCCUUCAAGCACUCCUAUUCGUGAACUACAAGUACAGAAGAGAAAAGGGAAUGCCUAUGUCGAUGUGAACCUUCAAAAACUGCCAACGAGUAGAACCGGGAAGCAAAGAGGAGAGUCAAUGGAAGUUGAAAGAAGAUUCGAAACUCCAGUCAACCAAGGAAUAGAGUAUUACAAGCCAAAGAAACAAGAAGAACAAGUAGUUUUUAACUUCGAUGUUGAAGAACUUGGUUUGAAGAAAAAAUCCGAAGGCGCUUAUCCUAAAGACAGUAGAGACAAUGCAGUGGUGCCUUUGUAUUUCAGAAAAACCCUCGCUUAUAAUCCGAAGUAUUCCAACAGCGGGAAUAUUCUCUCGGAUCCUCUUUGAAAUGUAGCUUUAUAUUUUGUUUAGUAAUUCAACUUUAUACUUAUGAAUUUAUAUUUGCGGGAAAAAGGAAAAGGAUGAAAGGGAGAAAGGAUUGCAACAAUAAGUAACUUUCGGACUACUCGGCAAUGAUUAUAUAUAAAAACUCUAUAUAGUAGCUUUGCUUUGCUUUUUUGGAAUAAAUUUGAAAGAAUUUUUUUAAUUUUAGAAUUGAUUUUCAUUAUCUGUCUUUUUUUUUGAAAUAUUUAUGAAAAAUUACGCCAAUAAGAACUUAGUUUCACUAUAAUUUUGUAAUCUUAAAGUUGUAAAAAAAAAAAAAAAAAAAAAA